AUGAUUCUUGCGAGCAGAACAGGGCAGCUGGGGGUAUGGGGAGUUUCAGCCAACGAGUUCAACUUGGGUGGGAACACGCAGAAGGGAAAUGAAAGAGCAACUAAUAAUUACAUAUGCGAGCGGAGCGCCCAAUCCGAGGAAACCCAAUCCCAUUACGUCUAUAAGUUAUUCUCGCCAGAGCAACCAAUAGCUGGAUUCAUUGCAGACAUCCUUGGUUUGGAUAGCCAAGCUGUAAAUAGCAAUGGGACUAUUGCAGAUAUCUCGAAAUGCAAUGUUGGCUGGUUCCAUGAGCCCCUCAUUAGUGCGCUAAUGGGACGGAAUGUGGCUACUCUUAUGUUCCAAUCGUGGCAGAACCAGGAAGAAGAAAGUGGUGCUUGGGUGGGAGCGAAGACUGAGCUUUGA